AGAGUCUGGAAGGGGCGUGGAGGCGGAGGAGGAAUGCGAAGCUCCAUCCAGAGCUGAGAAGCGGAGCAUUUGCGCAGAUAGUCUGCGCUGUGAACAUCAUAACGCCGCUUUGGAAGUUUGUUGUAGUUUUAUUGUCAUCAUUAUUUUAUUUUAAAUCAUCCUCCUGCACGAAGCUGAGCAAAACAGCUGCUGGAAUCGAGAGCAUCAAGAGGAAAGAAGAUGGUGAUCAAAGUGUACAUAGCAUCGUCCUCAGGAUCCACCUCGAUCAAAAAGCAGCAGCAGGAUGUGAUGGGCUUCCUGGCAGCCAAUAAGAUCGAGUUUGAGGAGUGCGACAUCGCGGCCAACGAGGCCAACAGGAAGUGGAUGCGGGAGAAUAUACCCGAGGAGUCCAGACCUGCCACCGGGAACCCUCUGCCCCCACAGAUAUUUAACGAAAGCAAAUAUUGCGGGAACUAUGAAGCCUUCUUUGAUGCCAGAGAGGACAACGCCGUGUAUGCUUUUCUGGGUCUGACCGCUCCUCCAGGUUCAAAGGAGGCGGUAGCUCAAGCAAAGAAAGCGCAGCAGUAGCACCUUUACACUGUUCUCAACCUGAAACCUCCGGCCUUCCCCACUUCCUGCUGGACCCAGACCCACAGAGAAGAAGACAGCAACUCUUCACUCGGCAAACGUCUAACACCCGAUUUUUACUUUUUUGUAUGAUCCGUCUUCAGCCGUGCCUUGAGGCCUCAGACCUCAGUGUGUGAAUCUGAUGAAAUGUUAGCGUCCAGUCGUAGCUUCCUCCAUAGGAGCGCUUCGCCAAGCUCCACCCAUACUGUAACGCUCAUCCUUUUAAAGCUCAUUUGAUCCAAAAUCACUCCAAGCACACCCACUCACUCAUCAGAACAACAGCACUUUCUGGAAAAGUUGUUGAGUUAUUUACACAAUUCUGAUUUGGUGCCAUUUGUGUCACAAACUUUUCCUUUUUUUAUUUUUUACUAAGACUAAAAGUUUAGAAAGUGAAAGUACAUUCCAAAAAGGCCAAAUGAGGGAAGUUUGUUUUUUACUUUUUUUAUUUACGUCUUUGUUUAAAGGAAGUAGCAGUUUCUCUUGUUUUUGUGUGACAUUGUGUUGAUAAUCUUGUACAGCCUGGCCCGAAAUGAAAUAAAGAGUUAGGUGGCAAAAAGGA